AUGGGCUCCAUUUUUGACAGUGCGCGCGGACCUCCCGAAAAUACGUACACAAGCCACUUUUUGGAAACCCAAUCGGCGGAUGAAGACUCGCGUCCACUUCAGCUGGGCUCGAUCAACAUAUUGUGCACUUCAGGCAUGCAGGCACACGAGUUUGCGGCCGUGUGCUCGGCGAUGGCAGUGGCUCAGACAACGAAGAGCGUUUCUUUGAGACUCGAAAACUUUCCGCGCCGAAACAUGCCCAGCACACAUUGGUGGAAAUGGGUGGCAUACGCGUUCUUCUCAAAGCGAGCUCGUGCUUGCUCUACCGUCGAGACUCUCACUCUCACCUUUAUUGUCCUUAUGGAUACGGAGGACAUCGAGAGGUUUGUGUCGGUUUUAACUUCGGAUCAUCCUUAACAAGAGUUGUUUGGCACUCCGCCAGGCCAAGUUGAAGACGGGGAUGUAGUGUUGAAGAGUGGUGCAGCAGUUCGUUGGGAAUUUUAUAACAGAGGCGAGCCCCGAGAAGUAUCGCUCCCUUUAGUUUUCGAGACGCCUGUAUACUCCGUUCGAACAUUUUCGGACGAUGGAGAAAGCGAGUGGGUGAACGCGCUGGUUCCUGGCUUUGGGAGAUGCCACGUGCGACGAACCGACCUCGAUCUCGAAAGUCCCACGUCAGUCACU